AUGUCCUUCGUCAAGAACAUACAGUUGCUCAGCGAACGCACCAUCAAAGUUACAACGAACCGACCGGUCCGCAACAUCGCCGAGUCGCGAUUGAUUCUCGCCGCGCUCCAGAAAUUCGGCGAGGUCGUGCACUUCCGCAAUGCGUCGCUCCUGCGGAUAAAUAAUAGGCACGUACAGGCACGAUUGAAAGCUUCUGGUGAACUGCCAACAAAAGUACGCCUAGAACAACUAUCACCAGGUGACGGACCCGGCUGGGACAUCGACGCGAUUUUCGACACUCCGUCGGCGGCGCAACACGCAAUCGAUGCUUCUCCUCUUACCAUUGACACUCCACCGCGAGCCUCUAUUUCGCCGGACGAUGUAGAAUCCGAUCGGACCAUCCGAUGCAACAUAGACCACGCGCCCUCUAUACAUGAAGAGGUGAUGUCUCGGAACCCGUGGUACGGCCCGUUUAAGCAGGACAAGAACAGCCCUGCUUAUACAGAUCUAGCUAAGCAGCUGGAGGGGGAGACGGCUGGAUUGCAGAACUUGGCGGAUGCUCCAAGGGCGAGUAAAGAAAGUGGGCCUUUUCCCAAUAAGAGGAAAUUUAAAAAGGCGGUUAUUAGUCAGAUGAGGGCUGAUUCUUUGAUGGGAUUAUGGCAGGAGGGUAUUGCUAAGAGGAAGGAGGGAGAGUCAGAAGAGUCACAAGAGUCACAAGCGCGUGCGGACCCGAGAGUGGAGAAGCAGAUUGAUGGCUGA